AUGUUCCCCCAAAAGGGAAGUGUUACCCUCAGAGAUCAUCGAAAGAAUGACCAGGAUCAGUUACUUUUUGCCUUUGAAUGGCUGGACCCUGAGUCCAAAAGCACCCUCCAGCGCUGCCCACCUGCCCCGCGCGGGCGCCGGCGCGCUGACGCCUCUGGCCUCUCUCCCCGGGCACAGGAGGCGUACACCGAAUACCUGCGGAGCAUACACUACAUCUCCCAGGUGCUGCUGGAGGAAGUGGAAACCGCCAAAGAACCUGGGGAGGCCGUGCCCCCCGACACCUGGAAGAUGCUGAAGCUGGCAGAACAGUGCCUGGAGAGGGCCCAGUCGACAGCUGCCAAGCUUGGGAAAACACACCUGAAGCCGUCCGUGCCCGUGGCAAGUCCUGUCCCCACCACCACCAGCCGACACCGCCGGGUGUAUUCAGAUGAAGGGGGGAAGCUCUCUCCCUUCCUGCCGCCCGAAAUCUUCCAGAAGCUUCAGGUGGUGGAGUCACAAAGCUCUAAGAAGGAGCUGACGCCUCUGGAGGAGGCCUCCGUUCAGAACCAGAAGCUGAAGGCUGCCUACGAGGCCCGGAGGUUCUGCAGCCAGGUGGCCCUGACCCCCGAGGAGCGGGAGCAGCGGGCGCUGUACGCGGCCGUCCUCGAGUACGAGCAGGACCACGACUGGCCGAAGACCUGGAAGGCCAAACUCAAGAAGAGCCCCGGGGACCUGUCGCUGGUGACCGGCCUGGUCUCCCACCUGCUCAGCGUGCCCGACCACCCGAUCGCUCGGCUCCUGCGGCGGCUGCAGUGCGCCGUGUACCGGGCGUUAUACCCCCUGGUGAGCAGCGGCGCUGUGCCGGCCGCCGCCCCGGGCGGCUGCUCACUGCCCCCGGACACCGACGGGCCGCUGGCCCCGGGGAGCAGAAGACUCCGGCCCUCCCAGAGCCUCUACUGCAUGCCGUCCCCUCCCGAGCCCAGCCCCGGCCUGCAGCCCCCCGGGGAGCCCCCAGCCAGCCCGCUGCAGCCCGGCCCUGCCGACUGCCCCCCCGGGCUGCCGGCCAAGGACGGCUCCUUCGAGGACCUGGAGCAGUUCUUGGCGGCCUCCGACCAGCGGGGCCCGGGCCCUGAGCGGCAACCUGAGCCCCAGGUGCCGGGGGCCCCGAGGGAGCCGCUGCUGGAGCAGCUGAGGAGCACCGUGAGGGACAUCCACAACGCCAUCGGUGAGGCCGGGGGGCUGCAGCUCGGGGCGGGAGCUGCCGCCGCCGCAGAGCCCCGCCGGCCCUGGCCUUUGCCCCACAGUGGCGCCGACGACCUGCUGCCCAUCCUGUCCUUCGUGGUGCUGAGAAGCGGCCUGCCCCAGCUAGUGUCGGAGUGUGCAGCCCUGGAGGAGUUCAUCCACGAGGGGUUCCUGGUGGGAGAGGAAGGCUACUGCCUGACCUCGCUGCAGAGCGCCUUGAGCUGCGUGGAGCUGCUGCCCGACGGGCCCUGGGCCAGUGGCGGGCGAGGACGCGACCCGCCAGGGACGGAGCCCCCAGCGCCGGGGGCUGCGGCUCUGCACCCCUGCCCGCACCCCACAUCUGCUGCUGCGGGCAGGGGCUGAGCCGGCCGGCCCCUGGGGCCGGUCCCCCACCAAGCCUCUGAGAGGCCUGUGCAGGGCAGCCAGAGGGGCCGUGGCUGUGCCGCCCGCCCGCCCGCCCGCCCGCGGCGGAUACUCCGGUCUGGGCCGGCUUCUUGCUGCAGUCCAGAGGCGAGCCCAGCACUCUGUCGCCAGAGACCGGGCAGGUGGCUCGGAACUGUUCUUAUUUAUUGGGCGACGACCACGCUCCCCUGAGGACCAAGCCGCCCUUCCACACUCGCGACCCCUGUCCUGGUUGGUGUGAGCCUGAGGUCAGCCCGCGGCCCCGUGCCCGCGGCCCCGUGCCCGCGGCCCCGUGCCAAGGCUGGAAUAAAGGCAUGAUGUCUCA